AUGAAAAGUAUCUUUCUAGCAUCCAGCGUGGCGGUGGCGGCCGGCUGGGCGUACGUGCGGCACAUUCAACUUCCUGCUGGGCCAACGCGCCUCGACUGGGGAGGCCGCGUCUUUGGCCAUCGCGGCUGCAGAGGUGUGCCGGGAGUGCCGGAAAACACACUGGACGCCUUCAAGUACGCCCUUUCGCGCGGUGUGGCGGGCAUAGAGGUUGAUGUGCGGCUCACAAAAGACAGCGAACUUGCCGUAUUUCACGACGUCACUUGCAAUGGUCACCUGAAAGGUGUGGCAGCAACAACGCGUAUAGAUGAGCUCACCCUUCUCGAGCUGAAGAGGCUUCCGUUUCAGGCAGAUCCAACACGACAAAUUCGCUUGCCAACCCUAGAGGAAUCGCUCCUGUUUUGCCGAGAAAACAAUCUCAAGAUGUUGAUUGAAAUUAAGGAAAUGCGACGGGCGCGGCUUUGCGCGGACAAAGUUCUGGAUUUGUACCACCGCUAUCCAGACUACAUGUAUGAGCACACUGUUGUCGUCUCGUUUAACCCGGCGCUGCUGUACUAUGUGCGAAACCGUGACCGCAACGUGGCAGUGGGGCAAAUCCACUCCGGGCGAGCUCUGCGCACGUGGAUUAGGACAGGGACCAUAGAUGUGCCGUGGUACGCGCGUCUAUGCCCAGCUGUGUUGGACUGGCUGCUAAACUACGUGCAGGAGAGUGUUAACCCGUGGUUGUCUGGCGUAUCCUUGAUGUGCCCGCACCACGAACUCUUCUCCGAGGUCUACAAGCACCGCUGGCACACACGGAAGAUUGGUGUCGCUCUGUGGGGUUUCUCUUCCCCGGCGCAGUGCACCCGCGAGAUGCGAGCUCCGGGUGUACUUGUCGAAAGCGACGAUCAGCACGAAGAAUUUGCCACUCCAAAGCAGCCGGCGAACUUCGACAUCUUUGGCGACAAGGCACGGGAGCGGGAGCGGGAGGAAGAGGAGCAGCGACGUCGGCUAAAGUUGGAGGCGAAAUAG